UCCACCUUUAGCUUGCACAACGGGGCAGGUUGGCUCUAUAAUAAUGUAAUACUAACCCUAAAUAUUUUGUGGAUAUUUACUCAGUUUUUGAACUUUUUCUGAGUUGGCACAAACGGAUUUAUAGAAGUCUCACUUGGGUCCAUCUCUGACCUGCAGCUGCUGCUUGAUAUUUUAAAAAACAAUCCUCCUGAUAUUCGACUAGUAAUUGAGGCAUUAUUUUAGGAUUAUUUUGGCUUCUUGUUCAAGGCAGUAAGCGCGCGGUCCUGGUUCUCCAGAACGAGCCGGGCUAUGGCGGCCAGCGUCGCUCCUUCACCACAGAGGAUGAAGCCUGGAAAUCAUUUCUGGAGAACCCACUGACAGCUGCCACCAAGGCCAUGAUGAGCAUAAAUGGAGACGAGGACAGUGCUGCAGCUCUCGGUCUGCUCUAUGACUACUACAAGGUGCCCAGGGAAAAGAGAACAAUACCCCAGAGCAAGCCAGAAGCACUGGUCUGUGAUGUGGAUCCCAACAAAAGACACCAGAUCCAGGCCGGACACCCCAUAGCUCCUCUUCAGGAACCAGGUAUGGAGAGCAGGAUUCAGGUCCUUAAGGGACCCUUCAAUAUUCUUCAACUGGCCCAGGACAAGAGGAGCCAGUUCCCCUCACCAGACACGACCGUCACAGUUUCCAUUGCCACCGUGCCAAACUACCCGCCCGUCAAGACAGAGGUGCCCAGCCACGGCUUCUCAGUGACCAUACCAAACAAUUGUGCCGAAACCGACAGCCAUGUGGGCGUCUUUGACCGCCAGCUCGCCCACAACGGUGUCCAGUUCAGCCCCAGCACCCAGUCACGCACGCCCCCCGACUCCACCUUCACUGAGACUUUCAAGGAUGGUUCCCAGGAGGUGUUUUCCUUCCCAGGGGAUCUCCAGUUACGUAUGGCCUCCAUGACACCUGAUGAGUACCCUCAGUUUGACACCGUGCCGGGGAAUAACUUUGAGUACACCCUUGAGGCGUCCAAGUCUCUGCGUCAAAAGACAGGUGACGGGACGAUGACGUAUCUGAACAAGGGACAGUUUUACCCAAUCACCCUCAGGGAGGUUGACAACAAAGGCAUACAGCAACCUAUCACCAAAGUCAGGAGUGUAGUGAUGGUGGUGUUUGGAGAGGAGAAGUGCAGAGACGAUCAGCUGAAACACUGGAAGUACUGGCACUCCAGACAGCACACUGCCAAACAGAGGUGUCUGGACAUUGCUGACUACAAGGAGAGCUUCAACACUAUCGGCAACAUCGAGGAGAUUUCCUACAACGCCAUUUCCUUCACCUGGGACACCAAUGAGGAAGCCAAAAUCUUCAUCUCCGUCAACUGUCUGAGCACAGACUUCUCCUCUCAGAAGGGCGUGAAGGGUCUUCCUCUGAACCUGCAGAUCGACACCUACAGUUACAACAACCGCAGCAACAAGCCCAUCCAUCGCGCUUACUGCCAGAUCAAAGUUUUCUGUGACAAGGGAGCUGAGAGGAAGAUCCGAGAUGAGGAGAGGAAGCAGUCCCGCCGGAAAGGGAAGGUCCCCGAACUCAACCCUGGCCUGGGCUUUGUGGAUGUCAAAGUGCCCAUCCUCCAGAAACGCAAUGAUGUGACCAUCUUCAAGAUGAUGAAUGACUAUGAAACCCAGCCUGUCCUUUUCAUUCCCGACAUUCACUUCUCUUCCUUCCAGCGCCAUCCUUUCUCUACAGAAGAUGGAGAGGAAAGUUCGGGCAUGAAGAGAUUACCAUUCAGUGAUGAUGAGUUUGCUUCACCCCCCAACAAGAUGGCGAGAGAGGAGGAACCAAAGAAAGUCCUGCUGUACGUGCGCAAGGAGGCAGAGGAGGUGUUUGAUGCCCUCAUGCUGAAGAAUCCCACGCUGAAAGGCCUGGUGGAAGCUAUUUCAGAGAAGUAUGAAUUACCUUUGGAUAAAAUCGGAAAGGUCUAUAAGAAGUGCAAAAAAGGUAUUCUAGUUCACAUGGACGACAACAUCAUCAAACACUACUCCAACGAAGACACCUUCCAGAUCACCAUGGAGGAGUUGGGCGGCAUGUACAAACUCACCCUCACUGAAAUCUGAUUGGCGUGAGUAGGGGACAUCACUCAGAGGAUGAACGAAAUGGAGCCGUCAUGUGUAGUGGUUUACAUGUCUGGCUACACGGUGAUAAUGGACUCGAUAUGAAAUGUAAAUCAUGUCAUUUUUCUGCUGUAUUGAUGUCAAAAAGAUUUUAAAAGUCUACUUUAAAAAGAGGUAUUGAAAAAGUCAUAGCUCUUAAUGUUGAUUAGAUACGUAAGUUUUGAUUCAAUUUAAAACCUUUCUGUGCAUCAACAGGUGAGAUCAGGUUUGAUAAUGAUUUUGUAUUCAGUGGGGGGCACCUCAAUAUUAGUGCUUUACUUUUGUACAUUAUUUGUGCAGGGUGUUUGCGGUGCUGCUAUACCUCAUGCUAUGCAAGCAGCAGUGUUUCUCUUACGUUUGAAUUUCAUGAGGAGAAACAGCUUCCUUCCUAAAGCCAUAGCACUGAUGAUUACAGUCUGUAAAUUUGGGUAUUUAGCACACAAAAUGAGGACAGUAAAUUGCUGACAGAGCCUCAGCGGUUCAGUGUAUUAAUACCAAACAACAUGGCAGUAUUUAGUGUGUAAAGCCCUCUUUAACCAUCCUACAAUUAGCAGACAAUAUUGUAUAGUAAAUGUUUGCUGUUUUUUUUUAGCAUAGGAUAUAUGUUGUUUGCGAGUGAAAUGACUUUAAAGACGUUUUUCUUCCAAUCAACUAAUGGCCUCUUUGUAAGUAUUAAAUAGUCAUAUUAUUAUGCUGAUAAUAAUGCUAAAACUACCCCUCCCCUGUAGAGUAGUUUUCUGAAUGUUGAUGUAAUAGGUCAAUGAAUGUCUAGUGCAGUUCACACAGGCUGUUCUGGAAGUGCAAUAUGAUAUUUAGGUACAGACACAUUCAGAAAAAAAGUCUCCUCUAAUGCCAUAACUACAGUAUAUAAUACAUAUAAAUUGAUGUUUUAAAAUGGAAAUAUUUGUAUAUAUAUAUAUAUAUGUCCACUGAAAACUGGAUCUCUACGAUCCUUCCUUUUGUAUCUCAGUACUUACUGUGUAUAUAUUUAUUAAGAGAAUGGAUGUGGGUUUUUUUUUUUUUUUUGGUUUAUUUUAUUGUUUUUUUUACCAUAUAUCCAAAUUUCUAUUAUUCCUAAUAAUAUAAUGUUUUUUCUUUUUCUAUGAAGUUAUUCUAACAUUACAUGUCAAGGGACAAAAAGCUAUUAAUAUGUUUUUAACUGAUGUUUUUAUUUUAUUUUGUAAAGGAUUUGAUGCACAAAGUGCCCAAUAAAGGCUCUCCAGUAGCUGCA